GGAUUCCCUGCCGCCACUUGGCAAGCUGUGCGCAUUAUCCUCAUGGCCGUUCAUCGGUACAAGGAACUCACUGAAGGGCGCCAGCUGGGGCGAUCUGUGUACCCAGUACAAGUUGUAGAGGGUGUGGAGUUUCUGUACCGGCCUCCGCCAAAGAACAAGGUCCCACAAGCGGCGUCCGUCUGGGCCUUUCUGCAGAGCGGAGCUUGA